GCAGCCCCAGUUCGGCUGGAGCUGAUCUCUGCCGUGGAGGGCUCCGAGAUGCAAAAGGCAGAGGCCCGGCCACGUCAGCACGACCACCUCGGGGCCGCUGCAAGGGGACGAGGCGGCGGCGGCGGCGGCGGGGAUCGCGCCGGCGGAGUGCCGGCUGGAGCCAUGGAAAUCCCCGCGGGGCUGAUGCUGGAACCGUCCCUUUACACCAUCAAGGCGGUUUUCAUCUUGGACAGCUUUGGGCAGCGACUUUUGGCCAAGUAUUAUGAUGACAUGUUUCCAUCUACGAAAGAACAGAAAUGCUUUGAGAGAAACGUCUUCAACAAAACCCACAAGACUGACAGUGAGAUUGCUUUCUUAGAAGGUCUGACCAUUGUCUAUAAAAGCAGCAUUGAUCUUUUCUUUUACGUGGUGGGGAGUCCCCAUGAAAAUGAGCUGAUGCUGAUGUCAGUUCUCAUCUGUCUCUUUGAAUCUCUCAACCACAUGCUGCGAAAGAACGUGGAGAAGCGAACCCUGGUGGAGAACAUGGAUGGAGUGUUUCUUAUAGUGGAUGAGAUCGUUGACGGCGGUGUGAUUCUGGAAAGCGAUCCCCAGCAAGUCAUCCAGAAGUUGAAUUUUAGGGUGGAUGACAGCUCUUUAUCAGAGCACAGUGUCACUCAGGUUCUGCAAUCUGCCAAAGAACAAAUUAAGUGGUCCUUAUUAAAAUAAAACAACCAAACCAAAUGGAGCAUCUUGACUGAACUGUUUGCUUUACUGCCUUAUUGAAGCCUUUCCCGUUUGCCUCCAAGGAUUAAAUGUCAACAGACCGGUCCUAGCCCUUUUCAUCUCCAUCGGAAGCAGGGCUUUUGUACAGCUAAUGGGUCUGAAUAGCCCAUUCAAAACAGACCCCCCCACCCACCCCCAAAAUACUUUACAUUACAACAGGGAACAAUACAUAUUAUUUCAGAGGGAACAGGGAAUUCCAAGGAGGGUGGCAGGUGAUGUCUGUGUCUCCCACAAGCCCUGAUUCCAUCACGUGGCUGCUUACAAUGGCAUGCAUAACUUGACCCAACUGGGAGAAUACGAGCCUGCCAGAGGCCCAUCUGUCUAACUUCUCCAAUGUUGGCAGCACGUUCUGGUCUUGGUUAUUAGAUCCGCGGCAUCUCUGAUCAUGCACAAAUUCAUUUGGGCAGCCUUCCCGCAACCUGGUGGCUUCCAAUUGUGUUGGACUACAACUCCCAUCGACCCUUGCCAGCCUGGCCAUUUGGCCGAUAUUCCAGAAUACACCAGAACCCCUUCCGCAGAUUCACAAAGAUGGCUGAAAGGAAGACGUGUGUUUGGGCCAGUCUCGCCAGUUUUUCAUGAUUCUUUGGACGGCUGGCGGAAGCAGCAGGCUGUACGUGUGGUGUGUAUUCUAAUAGAAGUCUGGAUUAGACUGAAUGCAGCAGUGGAAUAAAUGUGGAAAGUAAAAAUAAAAAUGCUUACCGAUCUAA